ACCACUGCUCAUCUUCCUCAAGAAUGUUGCGCAAGAGUGGUUCCGGAAGCGGUACUGAUGACAUUGCUGCGAUCAGUUCUUGAGGGUUCUCUAUGGGAGGUGAUAACCCGGUAAUCGGUCCUACUGACCAAGUACCACAUGCUGCUCGACGUACCGUUGGACUUAGACCACUCGUCACCACCCUACGCCGAAAGUUGAUGCGGACUGGAAUGUGCUCCGGAGGUGUUGCUGUGUUUCCGGUAUGGAGCUGGGGUGCCGAUCGUGCAAGGACUUCGACACGGCCGCUACUAUAGCGGCCCGCUUUAGUGACCUUAAGACAAACGGUGAGCGUACAGGCUUUAACGGGCUAGUCGGUUGACUCACUGAU